CGGACACCUCUACAUUGCGCUGCCGAUAAAGGUCACAAAGAGAUUGUUGAAAUUCUUCUCCAAGCUAAAGCAAAUAUUGAUGCUGAAGAUAUAGACAAGUGGACACCUCUACAUUGCGCUGCCGAUAAAGGUCACAAAGAGAGUGUUGAAAUUCCUCUCCAAGCUAAAGCAAAUAUUGAUGCUGAAGAUAUAGACAAGUGGACACCUCUACAUUGCGCUGCCGAUAAAGGUCACAAAGAGAUUGUUGAAAUUCUUCUCCAAGCUAAAGCAAAUAUUAAUUCUGAAGAUAUAGACAAGUGGACACCUCUACAUUGCGCUGCCGAUAAAGGUCACAAAGAGAUUGUUGAAAUUCUUCUCAAAGCUAAAGCAAAUAUUAAUUCUGAAGAUAUAGACAAGCGGACACCUCUACAUUGCGCUGCCGAUAAAGGUCACAAAGAGAUUGUUGAAAUUCUUCUCCAAGCUAAAGCAAAUAUUAAUUCUGAAGAUAUAGACAAGCGGACACCUCUACAUUGCGCUGCCGAUAAAGGUCACAAAGAGAUUGUUGAAAUUCUUCUCAAAGCUGGAGAAAAAAUUAAUGCUGAAGAUGAGAACAAGUGGACACCUCUACAUUGCGCUGCUGCUAUUGGUCAUAAAGAGAUUGUUGAAAUUUUUCUCAAAGCUGAAGCUAAUAUUAAUGCUGAAAACGAAGACAAGUUGACACCUCUUCAUUGCGCUGCUGCUAUUGGUCAAAAAGAGAUUGUUGAAAUUCUUCUCAAAGCUAGAGCAAAUAUUAAGGCUGAAGAUGAGAAUAAGUGGACACCUUUACAUUGCGCGGCUGCUAUUGGUCAUAAAGAGAUUGUUGAAAUUCUACUCGAAGAUGGGGCAAAUAUAAAUGCUGAAGAUGAAAACAAGUUGACACCCUUACAUAGCGCUGCUGCUAUUGGUCAUACAGAGAUUGUUGAAAUUCUUCUCACAGCCAGGGCGAACAUUAUUGCUGAAGACAAGGACAACAGUACACCUCUACAUUAUGCUGCUGCCAAAGGUCAUAACGUGAUUGUUAAAGCUCUACUUGAUUACCCCGCAAAUAUAAAUGCUGAAGAUGUGAACCAGUGGACACCUCUACAUAAUGCUGCUAACAAUGGGCAUAGGGAGAUUGUUAUAAUGCUCCUCGAAGCUAAGGCAAACAUUGAUGCUGAAGAUAUAGACAAGUGUACUCCUCUACAACGCGCUGCCGCUAAUGGACAUAAAGAGAUUGUUGAAAUUCUACACACAGCUAAUGCAAGUAUUAUUGCACAGGAUAAGCUCAAGUGGACACCUUUACAUCACGCUGCUAAAAAUGGACAUAAAGAGAUCGUUAAAAUUCUUAUCAGAGCUGAAGCAAAUAUUAAUGCUGAAGAUAUGAAAAAGUGGACACCUUUACAUCGUGCUGCUGCCAAUGGUCAUAAAGAGAUUGUUGAAAUUCUACUCAAAGAUGGGGCAAGCAAUAAUGCUAAAGAUAAUAAAAAGUGGACACCUCUACACCACGCUACCCAUAAACGUCACAAACAGAUUGUUGAAAUUCUUCUCAAAGAUGGGGCAAGCAUUAAUGCUGAAGACGAUGACAAGAGAACACCUCUACAUUUUGCCGCCUGCAGCGGUCACAACGAAAUUGUAGAUUUUCUUGUCCAUGCUGGAGCAAACAUCAAUGUCAAGUUUAUCUGUUUAAACAUGUAUUGUAAAUCUCACAGUAUGCUAACUUUACCUGAGGCAAAAAAAAAUGCUGAACAUGAGAACAAGCUGACACCUCUACAUCUGGCUGCCAUUAAAGGUCAUAAAGAGAUUAAUGAAAAUCUUUUCAAAGCUGGGUGGAAUAUUAAUGCUAGAGAUGAGAACAAGUGGACACCUUUACAUCACACAACCACUAAACAACGUACAGAUCUUGUUGAAAUUCUUCUCAAAGAAGGAGCAAAUAUUAAUGCUGAAGUUGUAGACAAGGGGAGACUUCUACAUCGCGCUGCCACCAUUGGUGAUAUAGAGAUUGUUAAAAUUCUUCUGAAAGCUGGGGCAAAUAUAAAUGCUAAAGAUGCAGAUAAGGGGACACCUCUACAUCGCGCUGCCGCUAAAGGUCAUAAAGACAUUAUUGAGAUUCUUCUUAGAAGUGGGGCAAAUAUAAAUGCUGAAGAUGUAGACAAGUGGACACCUUUACAUUGCGCUGCCACCAUUGGUGAUCAAGAGAUUGUUUACAUUCUUCUCAAAGCUGGGGCAAAUAUAAAUGCUAAAGAUAUAGACAAGUGGACACCUUUACAUCGCGCCGCCGCUAAAGGUCAUAAAAAGAAUGUUUACAUUCUUCUCGACGCUAUGGCAAAUAUAAAUGCUGAAGAUGUAGACAAGUGGACACCUUUACAUCGCGCUGCCACCAUUGGUGAUCAAGAGAUUGUUUACAUUCUUCUCAAAGCUGGGGCAAAUAUAAAUGCUAAAGAUGUUGACAAGUGGACACCUUUACAUCUGGCGGCCGCUAAAGGUCAUAAAGACAUUAUUGAGAUUCUUCUUAGAAGUGGGGCAAAUAUAAAUGCUGAAGAUGUAGACAAGUGGACACCUUUACAUCGCGCUGCCUCCAUUGGUGAUCAAGAGAUUGUUUACAUUCUUCUCAAAGCUGGGGCAAAUAUAAAUGCUAAAGAUGUUGACAAGUGGACACCUUUACAUCGCGCCGCCGCUAAAGGUCAUAAAGAGAAUGUUUACAUUCUUCUCGAAGCUGGGGCAAAUAUAAAUGCUGAAGAUGUAGACAAGUGGACACCUUUACAUUGCGCUGCCACCAUUGGUGAUCAAGAGAUUGUUUACAUUCUUCUCAAAGCUGGGGCAAAUAUAAAUGCUAAAGAUGUUGACAAGUGGACACCUUUACAUUGCGCUGCCGCUAAAGGUCAUAAAGACAUUAUUGAGAUUCUUCUUAGAAGUGGGGCAAAUAUAAAUGCUAAAGAUAAAGACAAGUGGACACCUUUACAUCGCGCUGCCUCCAUUGGUGAUCAAGAGAUUGUUUACAUUCUUCUCAAAGCUGGGGCAAAUAUAAAUGCUGAAAAUGUAGAAAAGUGGACACCUUUACAUCUGGCGGCCGCUAAAGGUCAUAAAGAGAAUGUUUACAUUCUUCUCGAAGCUGGGGCAAAUAUAAAUGCUGAAGAUGUAGACAAGUGGACACCUUUACAUCUGGCGGCCGCUAAAGGUCAUAAAGAGACUGUUGAAAUUCUUCUCAAAGCUGGAGCAAAUUUUAAUGCUGAAGAUAAGCGCAAGUCGACACUUCUACAUCUGGCUGCCGCUAAAGGUCAUAUAGAAAUUGUUGAGAUUUUUCUUAACAGUGGGGCAAAUAUUCAUGCUGGAAGUGAGGUGAAGUGGACACCUUUACAAAUUGCUGCCGCUAAUGGACAUAAAGAAAUUGUUGAAAUUCUUCUCAAAGCUGAAGCAAAUAUUAAUGCUUAUAAAAAAUACAUGUGGACACCACUUCAUUUGGCUGCCGCUAAAGGUCAUAAAGAGACUGUGGAAUUUCUUCUCAAAGCUGGAGAAGAUAUUAAUGCUGAAGAUUUAUGCAUGUGGACACCUCUACAUCUGGCUGCUUUUUAUGGUCAUAAAGAGACUGUUGAAAUUAUUCUUAAAAGUGAGGCAAAUAUUAACGCUGAAGAUAAGGAGAAGUGUACACCUCUGCAUCACGCUGCCACUAAUGGUCAUAAAGAGAUUGUCGAAAUUCUCCUCAAAGCUGGGGCAAACAAUAAUGUUGAAGAUAAGAACAAGUGGACACCUCUUUACCACGCUACCAGUAAUGGUCAUUCGGAAAUUGUUGAAAUUCUUCUUAAAGCUGGGGCAAAUAUUGAUGCUGCGGGUGAGAAGAAGUGGACACCUCUGAAUCUGGCUGCCGCUAAUGGACAUAAGGAAAUUGUUAAAAUUCUUCUCAGUGUUGAAAAAAAUAUUAAUGUUAAUAAAAAAGACAAGUGCACGCCGUUACAUUUGGCUGCAGCUAAUGGUAAUAAAGAGACUGUGGAAUUUCUUCUCAAAGCUGGAGAAAAUAUUAAUGCUGAAGAUGAGAAGAAGUGGACACCUCUACAUUUGGCUGCCGCUAAUGGUCAUAAAGAGGUUGUUGAAAUUCUUCUCAAUUCUGGAGAAAAUAUUCAUGCUGAAGAUGAAAAGUGUUCACCUCUACAUCUGGCGGCCGCUAAUGGUCAUAAAGAGGUUGAUGAAAUUGUUUUCCAAACUGAGGCAAAUAUUAAUGCUGAAGAUAAGAACAAGUCGACACCCCUACAUUGCGAUGCCACUAAUGGUCAUAAAAAAAUUCUUAAAAUUCUUCUCAAAGCUGGGGCAAAUAUUAAUGCUAAAGAUGAGAACAAGUGGACACCUUUACAUCUGGCUGCCGCUAAAGGUCAUAAAGAGACUGUUGAAAUUCUUCUCAAAGCUGAGACAAAUAUUAAUGCUAAGGAUGAGAAUAAGUGGACACCUUUACAUCUGGCUGCCGCUAAAGGUCAUAAAGAAAUUGUUGAGAUUUUUCUUAAAAGUGGGGCAAAUAUUCAUGCUGAAAGUGAGGAGAAGUGGACACCUCUACAAAUUGCUGCCGCUAAUGGACAUAAAGAAAUUGUUGAAAUUUUUCUCAAAGCUGAAGCAAAUAUUAAUGCUUAUAAAAAAUACAUGUGGACACCACUUCAUUUGGCUGCCGCUAAAGGUCAUAAAGAGACUGUGGAAUUUCUUCUUAAAGCUGGAGAAGAUAUUAAUGCUGAAGAUUUAUGCACGUGGACACCUCUACAUCUGGCUGCUUUUUAUGGUCAUAAAGAGACUGUUGAAAUUCUUCUUAAAAGUGAGGCAAAUAUUAACGCUGAAGAUAGGGAGAAGUGUACACCUCUGCAUCACGCUGCUACUAAUGGUCAUAAAGAGAUUGUUGAAAUUCUCCUCAAAGCUGGGGCAAUUAUUAAUGCUGAAGAUAAGAACAAACGGACACCUCUACAUCAUACUAUUGACAAUGGCCACAUAAAGAUUGUUGAAAUUCUUCUCAAAGCUGAUGCAAAUAUUAAUGCUGAAGAUGUGGACAAGCAGACACCUUUACAUAAUGCUGUUCGUAAAGGUUAUUCAGAGAUUGUUGAAGUUCUUCUCAAAGCGGAUGCAAAUGUUAAUGUUGAAGACAAUGACAAGCGGACACCUCUACACUGUGCUGCUUACAAUGGUCAUUCAGAGAUCGUUUAA